AUGCCUUCGCUGUCAUCACUGCCCGCAGAACUAAUCUCGCUCGUCAUAUUCUAUGUCUCAAAGUUUGGCAAAGGACCUUGGGAAAGGAACCCGCUCCGGGACCUGAAAGCAUGCUCGCUGGCCUGGAGGCAUUUUCUACCACACACCCGCCCUUACAUCUUCCACACAAUCGACAUUCCCCUCCCCUUUCUUCCCAGCAUUCGGUCUCGUCACCGAAAACAAGCAUAUCACAAGCUUCGUGAAAUCUUCGAGCGGACGCCUGCUCUGGCAUCCUAUACACGUAAACUCGUGGUCAAUUGGAGUACGACUCUGGAUAGCUACGAAAGCACCAUAGUGUACCCCCUCGCUGGCGUCAUAUUGUUUUUCGAUUCUGUGCAGGAUGUUAGCCUGGUCGCGAAGGAUGUUGGUGUCUGGAAGGAGAUUCCUGGGUUCCUUCGACGAACCCUCUGGAGCCAGAUCCUCCAGUCGCGACGGGUUCACCUCAGUGUACUCGGCUUCCCUUUUGCAUCCCUGGCCCGACUGAAGGACUGGAGGGAACUGUCACUAGAUGUGGGAAUCACUUACGAUCCUGAGACAUAUAGACAAUUCGACGAUUUCAUUCGAAGUGAUUUCGAAGAGCCACAUCAUCUACAUAUCCUCCGCCUUAGAAGAUACUAUCAACCGGCACUCGAUAUGUUCUUCGCCUCGCCUUUUGCCAUCAGCUUUGCCCAUCUCUCCGAUCUAGACAUCCAAAUUCAUACUGAAGAUCAAUACAUUAUUUGUGCACGCCUUCUCGCCGCUUCUCAAAGGCUAGAAACAUUGACGAUUGAUGUGGAUUGCGUUGCCGAAGACGAUAAUUUCGAGUUUCUGCCCCUUCCUCUGGCCUACAUCAACCAGUCCUCGUACCCUCACAUCAAGCAUCUCUCUUUAAUAACGUACCACUACGUCGACAUCUCCGACCCUGCCACAUUCGUCCGACAGUAUGUUGGGCUAUGCGACAGCAAGUCCACACUUCUAUAUGGUUGGCCAAGGCCUGCUCAGGUCGGCUGGGAGGCUUUGCUACCACAGGGUACCAUUCCGGAUUCUGGGCCAAGUGGCCCGCAGGACGCUGUCCAAGCGAUUUCGGCAUCGCAGAAUGACUGGGACCAUGUUUUAAGCCUAGCACACGAUCCGCCACUUCUACUCUUGUUCACUUCCCUUACGACCCUCGACCUCACGAUGAACCUGCACGGUUCUCUCCACGAACUGCGACUAUCUUCCAAUUGGAGCAUACUAGACAAGCUCCUGGGUGGCUUCGAAUGCAGCUUAUCCGAGCCCUCGACCUCCCCCGUUUCCAGUCACAAACAUCCCCCUUGUCUCUGUUCGCACACCUACACCUUCCCCCACCUCCUCUCCGUCUCGCUCCACGUCAUCCUCCGGCCUCUUCGACUCGAAGAUUUCGCAGUGGACUCGACGCUGGAGGCAGACGAGAUCAUCGACCAAACUAGAGCCUUCAGGACGUUGCUAGAGGACCACUUGAAAGACAAGAGCUCUGAUGGCUGUGAGUGCGGGGCCUCCACGGCUCUCGCCGAAAAAAGAAAGAAGAGAAAGAAAAUGAAGGUAAAGACAUUGGAUUCAUAUUGGGAUCGCCAUUCUGGGGAAGAGGCCGCCACUCUCGGCCGACAGGAUGCUGGUGUCGAAGUCGAGUCCCACUUACCAGCGGUACUCUUUCCCCUUCUUCGUUCUCGUGUCUUCCAUGAACGGGAAAGGGGAUUCGCGUUCAAGACGGAGGUCGAAUUGAAGGAACGCCUAUAUUUAAGGGAGCAACUUGGGAUCUAG